AUGGCCUCACAAACACCAAAAUCCUCCAACCGAGGUGGCUCUAAACCUUUAGCCCAACCCAAUUUCGCCGACCCUAAUUUCGACCCUGCCGACUUCCUCAAUGCCUCCCUAUCACCAUUGACCGUGGCAUCAUCACAGCCAAAUGCAUCUCGCGCGCAAGGCUCCGUACCGCUAACGGAGCUCUCUGCGCAAGUCCAAUCCUUACUUUCGCAAAUCAGCGCCCAGAACGUCCGUCUCUCGAGUACAUUAUCGCAACUCACAGAUGAGAUCUUACGAAGCGGUGGACGACUAGCUUAUGAAGUCGAGGUGCUGCGAGGCGAGACAAUCGGACUCUCAGAAACCUUGACUGAGGUACUGCGUGACGACAUCGCCAAAUUUGUCCCAGAGCCCAACGAGCGCGAACUAGAACAAGUCGAAGAUGCACCGGAGGCGGACGAGGCAGAAGCCACAGAAAAGAACACCCCUGCUGUCGCAACAGAUCCGGAAUACGUCACGAACCUGCGCACUUUGAACCAAGUGCGGUCCCGACUUGAAGAGGUUGUCCAGACAUUCGGCGACGCAAUGGAGUGGCCUCUCCCCCCAUCAGAACUCUCAUUCUCCUCAUCUUUCAUCUCUGUCUCUGGACCUGAUCUCGACGCAGACGGCCACGACCGCGAAGAAAAGGGCCAGGAAAUGAUGAAGAAGCUACGGAACGAAGUGACGGAACUACUGGAAAGUGAAGGCGGAGGGCGCAGCGGGCUGGACGCCGCUAAUCGUCGCGUCGAAGCUCUCCGGACACUGGCUACGGUCUGGAAUAGUUCCGCGGAGGAGAAGGCUCGCAGUCGGUUUGUGGAUAGUCUUGCGAAGAUCGUGGACGAUCGGCGUCGCAGUUUGGACCAGGCUACGGAACAGAACCAGCGUAGCUCUUCUAGGUCGAGACCUGAGGCUCGUCGUGAUAGUGAUAGUGGUGCGCCGGCAGGUGGACUCUUCCGGAACUUACAGCGGCUUCGUGAGGAAAUUUACCUGGAAUGA